UGCGGCCCGGCCCGCGGCGGCGUGGCGUGGGCGCCCAGGCCGGAGGGCUGCGGGGAGGGGCGGCCGGGCCGGCCUCUUUUUCUGCGGCCCGAGCCUCACCGACGUUUCCGGGUUUCGUCAGAUGUGAAUCCGAUGGAGCGGCCGGGGGAAGGCGAGCAGCCGCCGCAGCAGCAGCCCUGGGGAAGGCUCCUCCGCCUGGGCGCCGAGGAGGGCGAGCCGCACGUCCUCCUGAGGAAACGCGAGUGGACCAUCGGGCGGAGGAGAGGUUGUGACCUUUCUUUCCCCGGCAAUAAACUGGUCUCUGGAGAUCACUGUAAGAUUAUAGUGGAUGAGAAAUCUGGGCAGGUGUCGCUGGAAGAUACCAGCACCAAUGGAACAGUAAUUAACAAGCUGAAGGUUGUUAAGAAGCAGAUGUGCCCUUUACAGACCGGGGAUGUCAUCUACUUGGUGUACAGGAAGAAUGAGCCAGAACACAAUGUGGCGUACCUCUACGAAUCCUUAAAUGAGAAGCAAAGCAUAACACAGGACUCCCUUGAAGCUAAUAAAGAAAAUGUGUUCCACAUGACCAAAGAUACCUCAGGGGCAGGGCAAGGCGACGAUCCCCAGGUCCUGCCGUCGCCCACCACUCAGGCGUGCUUUGAGGAACCACAGCCAUCGACGUCCAUGUCAGCCCUCUUCCCCAUGGCCUCUACCUCUUCCACAGAGCCCACCUCCGCAGGGCGAGCGCCUCCCUCCGUCUCCGGCUCUGGAGAUGCAGGCGUCUCCCCGAAAGGGUAUGGUCCAUCCAUGGCAAGUGAUGAAAUCUCCAGCCUCCCUUCAGUUUUCCCAGACAGAGAGGGAGCAUCCUUUUCUCUGUUGGAAUCCCAGGAUCAGGAGGAUUUGGAGCCCAUUAAGAAGAGGAUGAAAGGAGACGGGGAGCCUGACCCAAACCUGCAGCUGUUGGUCGUGGACCAGUGUAGAGACACCCAUGCUGCCCUCGAGGAUGUCAGCGCUGUGGCCAUGAAGCCAGACAAGAUGGAGGAGACGCUCACGUGCAUCAUCUGCCAGGACCUGCUGCACGACUGUGUGAGCCUGCAGCCCUGCAUGCACACCUUCUGCGCGGCCUGCUACUCAGGCUGGAUGGAGCGCUCUGCCCUGUGCCCCACCUGCCGCUGUCCGGUCGAACGGAUCUGUAAAAACCACAUCCUCAACAACCUGGUAGAGGCGUACCUUCUCCAGCACCCAGACAAGAGUCGCAGCGAGGAAGAUGUGCGGAGCAUGGCCGCCAGGAACAAGAUCACUCAAGACAUGCUGCAGCCCAAAGUCAGGAGGUCCUUCUCUGAUGAGGAAGGGAGUUCGGAGGACCUGCUGGAGCUGUCAGAUGUGGACAGUGAGUCCUCGGAUGUUAGCCAGCCAUACGUUGUGUGCCGACAAUGCCCUGAGUACCGGAGGCAAGCGGGGCAGCCCCUUCCCUGCCCAGAGCCCGGCAGUGAGCCAGGGGCACCGCAGGCCCUGGGGGACACACCGUCAACAUCUGCCAGCGUCACGACAGCCCAGGAUUACGUGUGUGCCCUGCAAGGAAGCCACGCCAUAUGUACCUGCUGCUUCCAGCCCAUGCCCGACCGAAGGGCGGAGCGCGAGCAGAACCCCCGCAUCGCCCCCCAGCAGUGUGCUGUCUGCCUGCAGCCCUUCUGCCACCUGUACUGGGGCUGUGCCCGGACUGGCUGCCUCGGCUGCCUGGCCCCGUUCUGUGAACUCAACCUGGGCGACAGGUGUCUGGACGGGGUGCUGAGCAACAACAACUAUGAGUCGGACAUCCUGAAGAAUUACUUGGCAACCAGGGGUUUGACGUGGAAGAACAUGCUGACUGAAAGUCUCGUGGCUCUGCAGAGGGGAGUGUUUUUACUGUCUGAUUACAGGAUCACCGGGAACACCGUGCUGUGUUACUGCUGCGGCCUGCGCAGCUUCCGAGAGCUGACCUACCAGUAUCGGCAGAACAUUCCUGCUUCCGAGUUGCCAGUGGCUGUAACGUCCCGUCCUGAUUGCUACUGGGGCCGCAACUGCCGCACCCAGGUGAAGGCCCACCACGCAAUGAAAUUCAAUCAUAUCUGUGAACAGACAAGGUUCAAGAACUAACGUCCAGGGAGGCACCGAGACGGCUUGGGAGUGUCAGGGGUCAAUGACAGCGUGAUUCGGAAAAUACCGAAUAUAAACAUUUUAAGGGCAUUUCCCAGUCCCCCUCAGGGGACACUGGGGUCUCUGUGUCCUGCACUCUA